AUGGGGGGGGGGCAGGCGGGCGAGCUCUUCAGUCCCGCUGGAAGAGAGAAAUGCGGCUAUUCCGUGUUUGUGGACGGGGAGCUGGGUCCCUUUUCUUUUGAGGAGGUGGCCGCGUAUUUCACCGGGGCAGAGUGGGUGCUCCUGGAUCUGGACCAAAGAGCUCUCUGGGAUGAUGGAGGGAAUGAGGAGGAUGAGGAACUGCAUCAUCUAUCGCCAGAUGAAGUCAAGAGUGAAGACUUGAGAGGAAAGUUCAGGACUCAAGGCAGACCCAAGAGGCAGAAAGGAAGCCAUAUAGUUGAGAAGAUGGAUCAACCCAUUCCUUUCCAAGAGGGGGAUUUCCAUGAAGCAAUUCACAUGGUAGAGGAACUGUACAAGUGCACAGAGUGUGGAAUGAUCUUCUCAGAUGAAACCCAAUAUAAUGUCCAUUUGCAAAUGCAGAGUGGAAAGAAGACCCAUGAAGGCUUGGAAAUCCACAGGGGAGAGAAGCCACUUGAAUGCUCAGAGUGUGGAAAGAGAUUCAGUUUGAAUAGCCAUCUUCAACUGCAUCAAAGAAUCCACAGGGGAGAGAAGCCACUUGAAUGCUCAGAGUGUGGAAAGAGAUUCAGCCACAGACAUAGUCUUACAAAGCAUCUGAGAAUCCACACAGGGGAGAAACCUUUUGAAUGCUCUGAGUGUGGAAAGCGAUUGUGUGACAGUAGCAAUUUUCAACGUCAUCUAAGAACCCACACAAAGGCAAAAUUGUUUGACUGCUCAGAGUGUGGAAAGAAAUUCAAUCAGAGCAGCCAUCUUCAAGAACAUCAAAGAACUCACACAGGGGAGAAACCUUUUGAAUGUUCAGAGUGUGGAAAGAGAUUCAGCUUGAGUAGCAAUCUUCACAAGCAUUUGAGAACUCACACAGGGGAGAAACCUUUUGAAUGCUCAGAGUGUGGAAAGAGAUUCAGGUUGAAUGACAGUUUUCAGCUGCAUCAAAGAACCCACACAGGGGAGAAACCUUUUGCAUGCUCAGAGUGUGGAAAGAAAUUCAGUCAGAGUGGUCAUCUGCAACAGCAUCUAAGAACCCACACAGGGGAGAAACCUUUUGAAUGCUCAGAGUGUGGAAAGAGAUUCAGGGAGUCAGGUAGCCUUCUAAAGCACCUACAAGUCCACACAGGGGAGAAACCGUUCGAAUGCUCAGAGUGUGGAAAGAGUUUCAGUCACAGACGUAGUCUUACAAAGCACCUAAGAAUCCACACAGGGGAGAAACCUUUUGAAUGCUCUGAGUGUGGAAAGCAAUUGUGUGACAGUAGCAAUUUUCAGCGGCAUCUGAGAACCCACAAAAAGGAGAAACUGUUUGAAUGCUCAGAGUGUGGAAAGAAAUUCAAUCAGAGCAGCCAUCUUCAAGAACAUCAAAGAACUCACACAGGGGAGAAACCUUUUGAAUGCUCAGAGUGUGGAAAGAAAUUCAGCUUGAGUAGCAAUCUUCACAAGCAUUUGGGAACUCACACAGGGGAGAAACCUUUUGAAUGCUCAGAGUGUGGAAAGAGAUUCAGGUUGAACGACAGUCUUCAGCUACAUCAAAGAACCCACACAGGGGAGAAACCAUUUGAAUGCUCAGAGUGUGGAAAGCGAUUCAGUCAGAGUGGCCAUCUUCAGCUGCAUCAAAGAACCCACACAGGGGAGAAACCUUUUCCAUGCUCGGAGUGUGGAAAGCGAUUCAGUGACACUGGUAGCCUUCUAAAGCACGUACGAGUCCACACAGGGGAGAAGCCUUUUGAAUGCCCUGAGUGUGGAAAGCGAUUUUGUUCCAGCAGCAAUUUUCAACGGCAUCUAAGAACCCACACAAAGGAGAAACCUUUUCACUGCUCAGAGUGUGGAAAAAGUUUCAGUCAGAGUGGCCAUCUGCAACAGCAUAUAAGAACCCACACAGGGGAGAAACCUUUUGAAUGCUCAGAGUGUGGAAAGAGAUUCAGUCGGAGUAGCAAUCUUCAAAUGCAUCAAAGAAUACACACAAUGGAGAACCCUUUUGAAUGCUCAGAGUGUGGAAAGAGAUUCAUUCUGAAUGACCAUCUUCAAAACCAUCAAAGAACCCACAGAAGAAGAAACAUAUAACUGCUUAGCUUGUGAAAAGAGCUUUUCUCUUUUUAUUCACAUGAAAAAGACAAGCACACACCAUAGAAAGGGUUGAAACCAUGUAAACUAUUGUAAAGUGCUUGUAUCCGCCCAGAAUCCUGACCCUAAGGUGGAAGAAAUGAUAAAUUUUUUGGACUGAGGACAAAACUGAACUAGAUCUCACAGGCAAGAAAGAAAUGAUGUGUUCUGAGGGUGGAAGGAGAUGGAAA